UUUGGCGCAACUGACGCUGUCACGCUGAUGAGUAUGAUCGCCACGGCCAAAAACUGCCGGGGCCCGUCUCGCGCGUCAAAAGCUGAGCAACUCGGUUCUUUUCCUCCCCACGGUUAAUUCGCCGUGAUCAUUGCUUCCUCGCUUCCUUCGCCGGGCUCUGCCGGCUUCGCUGCGCCGCAGCAGCCGCAUCCGCAUCAUGUGCUGAAGAGAGGCCGGAGGGGGGGGGGCAAACGAUGCCGGCCGAAGAGAGGCAGUCGCCGUGGGCGAGCGGUGAGAGGCGGCCGCACUUCUUCAAGGUGCUCAUGGGCGACUUCAAGAAGCGCCUGAAGAUCCCGCCAGACUUCUGCAAGCACAUCCCUUGGGAGGCGUCAAGGAAGGCCAAGACCACCCUCAAGGAAGCGUCCAUGGCGGCCACCCUGGAGGGCCCCAGCGGGAGGACGUGGCUGGUGGUCAUCCGCCGGUCCGCCGAGGGCACCUUCUUCACCUCGGGCUGGCCCAAGUUCGUGCAGGACCAGGAGCUGCGGGAGCUCGAGUUCCUCGUGUUCCGGCACGACGGCGGCACGCACUUCACCGCCAUGGUGUUCGACACCACGGCCUGCCAGCGGGAGGACCUGCUGCUCGGCACCACGGCCUGCGAGCGGCAGAGCAACAAGCGGCGCCGCGCGAGGACGGAGCCCUCGCGUGAUGCCAAUGCCAAGCGGCCGAACAAGGAUUCCCUCGGGAAGGAGCUGGUGCCGUACCGUGCGCCACGUGAGCAGCAGGUUUCAUGCUCCAAUUCGACGCCGGAAUCGGCUGGCGCUGUCAAGACCGAGAUCGAAGACGGCGACGAGGUAGCGCUGUGCGUUAUGAUCCCGGCGCCACCGCCGUCGCCGGACCACGCACCGCCGAAGCGCGGCCCGGAGCCUCAGCAGGUCGAGGACGGCGCGGUGAAAACGCGGAGCAUCCACGAGGACCUGCAGGCGCUCGCGGACAUCCCGGACUCCGUCAGGCGCUACAAGGGGUACGUGUCCCGGCGGCGCCCCGUGACGGGCGCCGAGCGGCAGCGCGCCAUGGAGCUCGCCUACGCGUUCCGGUCGUCGCUGCCCUACUGCGUCAUCCGCAUGAGCACAAUGCACGUCUACUACUCGUUCAUGAUGGUGAGGACGUUGCUUUCAUUGUUUCCAUCUAUCACUCAGCUUGAUGAUGAUGGUGACGAUGACUAAGACUGACAUACUGGAAGCGUUCUUCCCUGUCUCUCCCUCUGUGUGUGUGUGUGUGCGCGCGCGCGCGCGCGCUCGCCUGCGUUGCAGAGGUUCCCGA